AUGGAAGGCAAAAAUCGUUUGGUGAUGCUAGUUGAAAGCAUGAUCGGAUUAGUAGUUGAAGUGGUAAAGACUUUGAAGAAACGAAGGAUAAAAAAGAAACAAUACAGACCACGACUAUGCUAUGAAUGUCGAAGGCCAGGACACCUAGCUGAAACUUGCCCGAAUCGAAAGAGCCAAGGUUCAAAAAGUUGUAACGUAAAGGACAAUGGUUAUAGUGGCAUGUUGGUUGACGUACGGCAUAUGGAGUUAGUAGGGAAAGUGGCGAAUGACGUUGAAAUGAAUAAUCAAGACUCAUGGAGAUAUAAACGUUCAAGAUAUAAUAAUGAAUCAACAUACCUGGUAAAGAAGAGACUGAAUAACCCUGAUAAUGGAACUAAGGUUGGUCCUGUACAUGAGCGAAACCUAGAAAUGAGAAAUGGAAUGUUGGUGAUAACUCAUACGAAGAAUCACGUGGGCUUACCUAAUUCAAGACGAUGGACCAAAGUGUGUUGUAAUAGAUCCAAUAGUGGAAAUAUGAGGCCCAGAACGUCGAAUGUCUGGAGGGUAUCUAGUAACGUCAAAGGUAUAGUCUCAAAAGAAAGACAAUCCAUGUUAGGUAGCAUCGGAAAGGUCGAAUUCUUUAAACGCCUGUAUUUGGAACAGUUGGCUGGAUGCGAUCAUGAACAUUUGGAGAGUGCGGUUUUUGGAAGUCGUCUUGAAAUGAGAAAAAUCGGGAG